AUGGAGUCGAUAACAGAGGUGAACGUUUCGGAUUGCUUCGUGGAAGGAGAUGACGACGACGCGCCGCUCCAGUUGACAGAGAUGUGCGAGGUGAAUGAGUUUGCCGUCACUGACUUGUCCACAGGCAACAGCAAGGCCACGGGCAACAGGAACGGUUCCGCGGCUAAGGCACGAGCGAAGAUGGUGCUUGCGUUUCAUCCUUACUACUUCUGCCACUUCUCUACCACAGGACCGCGCCGGUACAGAGGAUGGGGACUGACAGAGACAGAGUCGCAGCUGAUCGAACGAGGACAGCGGUUCAGUCGAAGCGCCCUUGGCUUUCAGAAGGCGAUCAAUCUGUUCAUCUCGAAUGUGAAUUGUCCCUGCGGUCAGGGGCUCGCGGUAUGCGGGUUCGUCGUAUCCCGACAGAAGUAUCUUCCGCUCGGAAUGCUCAAGAGAUGCAUGACGUCGAAUGAAUACGGUGUGGGCAACUUACCAAGAAAAGACCUGGAUCUGGACUGCUGCGGCAUGCACUGCAGACGCCGCCGGUACGGCAAGUUUCUCGUGAACCACCCUGGAGCCAGGCCAUUUCCCAAGAGCCGGUUGAACAAAGCGUUCGGGGCCCUAUACCACGCCCCAGGCGGCUGGGAUUGA